GGAUUUCCUCUUAAAACUGAGUUCUGAUUGGCUGGUGCCCCGCCUGUCGACCAAUCAGCGGUCUUAUUUCGUCCUCGGAAUGGCUCCUAGACGAAAACAUUGGACGUCAAUAAUGGUGUAGUCGUCGAGAAAUGGAAUGUGUUUGUGAAAGGUGCAGAGAGUUUAGCCACGAUGGAUGUUGACGUUAGUGGAGCGAGUGUGUCAGACAGCGAGGGGUGCGGGAAUGGACCGUCUUCGGGACACAUGAGUGGGCAGGGUGGGGUGGGUGGCGGCAGCAAGCUGAAGAGGUCCAGCAGCGCCCCAAUGAUCAACCAGUUGGUUCCACAGGGACCCGCCUCCACUCCCAACAUUUCCUCCAUCUCAAGUCGGGAAGUGCUGAGUGAGGUGCCGGGGAGUCAGCAUCGGGUGCGGCGGUUCAGUGCAUCCUUUGGGCCCAUCUCUCCCCUGUCCCCUGGCAGCACGAGGGGGAGCGGGCCACUGCGGGUGUGCCAGCUGAGGGAGGAGGAGGGCAUGGACGUGGUGAACCGAGAGGCAGCACACGAGAAGACAGUCAAGUCCACCCUGCAGAUCACCGACUGCCUCUCACAGUCAUGGGAAGACAUCACGCUGACCGAGGACGUGGGACGCCCCAAGUCCCACAGCAUCAGUGGUGUCAGCCUGCCCACCAGCGUGUCAGGCCCCAUCAGCGUGUCAAGCACCGUCACCUCCAUUGCCUCUGGUACAGUGUCGGGCAGUGCAGCACCUGUGCACCGGGACUACACCGACCCACUGCACCUCACCAUAGUCCCCACAGUGGUCCCUCUAGGCAACAGCGCCUCCCCAACACGCGGCGUUGGGCGGCAGUGCUUCUCGCCGGCCCUGCAGCAGCAUGUGCCCAAUAUCUCCUUCUGUCCUUCCCCGUCCCCCACGAAGCGCACCUUCUCCACGCGCCGCAGCCUCAGUCCCAUCGCCCUGCGCCCGUCUCCUCUUGGGGCAGGACUCAAGCGCAAGUAUGACGUAGAGGAGCGGUGCGAGCCUUUCCUGACACCCCGCAAGCGUGCCUCCACCUGCACCCCGGACCGCUGUGUUGGUGGACUCCUCAUGACUCAGGCCCACAGUGUUGGCAGCCUGGAAAGUACGCCGAGCCCUGCAGGUCCAGGAUCACUCGGCAGCGUUGGCACCCCAGACUCUGUGUGUUCCUCGGGCUCCCCAGGCCUGUCUGCCCCACCAUAUUCUCCUGCGUCCAUUGCCGAGACAGCCGCCCCCACCCCUGACCCGCCACCUCACUUGUUCAAGCCUGUGUCUCCAGCCCUGAACACAGACCAGACAGCCUCAUUCAGGAAUCAGGAGCAUGGGGGUCGCUAUGGGGGACAGGACCCCGGUGACUGCUUCAGCAGCCACGACCACACACACCACUUCAGGGGAAGGGAAUCCAGGGACCACUUUGUUGGGCAGGAGCAUAACGACCACUACAGGUCGCAGGAGCACAGUGGUCCCAUUGUUGGCCAGGAGCACCGGGACCAGUUUGAGGCCCAGCAGCACCGCCAGGCAUACGAUGGGCAGGUGAAGGGCGCAGACACCAGUGACGGCAGCAGCAAUGAUGCCAUGAUCACCGAGGAUGUCCCUGCCAGCGAUCUCAAGAGCUACCAGGACAUGGACUUGAGUGAGUCAAUAACACAGUCACCGCUCAACAUCUGACAUCACUUCUGACUGUCACACGUCGUGCUCGCCGGGCGCCGCGCUGCUGCCACCAGUGGGAGCGGCAGCCUCGGUGCAGCUGCAGUGUGAACAGUAUUGCUUGUCAUUAUAUACCUUAUAUCAUCUAGUGUUAUCUGUGAAGAUAUAGAGUGCUCUAUGUGAUAUGUAGACUUCCCCUUCAUAACUAACCUGCAGAGCUGUGAUGUCAUGUUUUGUGUGGCGGGUGUGCACUUCAAGCAUCGUGUGGUGUAAUUUAUGUCAUGUUUGAGGAUUGAAUCUUGAAUUCCCAGUGAACUGUCAUUGUAUAUUUAGAACCCUGCAUUUAUGUGCAAAGUCCUCGAGUGUAUGAGGAAAUAAUGAUAUUGGUCAGUUAAAGCUUUAUGUCACAUGUAAUUUAAGAAGUGUUGUCUUCAUUCUUCCUUUUAGACUUUCUCAUAAUUGUGAUAUUUAUCAUAUUGAUAUUUCCGGGCUGACUUCUACAUAUCUAUCCAUAUAAUGUGCAUUAGUGUUGUAUAGCAAAACUACAUUACUCUUUCACAAGUGUCACGGAUCAUGUUAUUUCAACUAGUCGCAGUGUAUAAAGCAUUAUACUUUUAAGAAUGGAAAAUAUCAGUGUGUACAGAAGAAAGCAAUGAAAAUGAGAGCUUUCUCCAGUUGAAGAAUAUUUUUUUCAGGUUUUUAUUAUGCUAUGGAAUCUGUUACUCAAAAUAUAGAACAUUAUACAAUAGAUACAUUAUAUAACUACUAGCUAUACAAAUAGUACAUUAGGCAUUCAGUGUUCCAGUCCAUUAAGGACCUAAAUCUGCAUAGUGCAUUCAGGUUGUUUUGCCACUUUAUGAAACCAGAAGCUGCCGUUCAUGGUGCCCAGGAGUGUAACACUGAGAGGCACAUUAAGCUGUUCGGCUCCUCACUACCACCAAUAUUCAAGGCCAACAAGUACCAUCAGAGACGAAGGAAACAUGGUGGUGAGAGGAAACAGGAUGAAGUAGAAGUAUUUAAUUCUUGAAAUGUUUUUACAGUUGUUUUUGAGAGUGAAGGCAACAGGCAAGACCAGAUAAAUUACUUCUGCUUCUUCUAUAUUUCCUCUCACCGCCACAUUCCUCUCACCAUCAAGCUUGCCAAUACCUGUAGUUUUAUCCCAACAAAAAGAUAAGCCAAUAUUUUUCAUUUUUUGGAUGAGUAGCCUCAGGAAGGUUUUCUUUGUUAUACACUUCUGAAUGAUGUGAAUGUUAUCCAGGAGAGAACAAACAUACAAAUGUUUACAUACAUGCAAUUGAUGAUUGACAUGACAAGUAGUUGUUUUAUCAUCACAUUUCAAUUUAAUAUUAAAAUAGUAUCAAUUGUUUUCCAAAUCUUAUGCAUAAUUUUUCAACACCAAAGGCAAAUCCCUCCUUCCCUCACUGACUGCAUCAUGCACUGGUGCUCACAUUACCCCAGCUGUUGUGUGUUUGUGUGUGUGUGUGAGAGAGAGAGAGAGAGAGAGAGAGAGAGAGAGAGAGAGAGAGAGAGAGAGAGAGAGAGAAAACAAA